AAAUGUGCUUGUCAUUGCAAUGACUCGACGUUUUAUGACACCUGUCCUGUUAAGUUUAUAAGUUAGUUUAACUAAAAGUUGGUUUGGUCGAAUUGCUCCGUGUGUGUAGCCGUUCAUUGCGGUGGCUUUUCCCCAGGUGGAUGCUGGUGUACGACGCUGAUUAGAAGAACAUGAGCCUGCUGCACAGAUGAAGCGCUGAUCCCCGUAUCUCAGAUGCGUCGACACUACAACUGAAAAUAACCGAGUAGACUGGCUGCGGCUUUGAAAUGGAACAGAAAAUGGAAGAUUUCCCACUUGUGUGCUACUGGGGCCUCAUGCAGGACUCUCACCUCCACCGCUUCAGAACCAGGUCCUCUGGAUCCGAUUGAAAUCCACAAGCGGAAGCUCUUUCUAUGGUUCAGCCACCUUCCUCAAGAGGAGAAGCAGUUUGGUGGUUACUUCACUCCAGAAACCAUGCAUGUAGACCCCCUGAUUCUGGAGAGAAAUCCAGAAGAGCGUUCUGGGUUCCAGAGUUCCUCACUCCAACCACAGACCAUGUCCAACCCCCCUGUGACAAUAAAUCAGCUGUUUGAGAGUGCUCGUUCCUUGAGUGAGGGGAGGGGGAUUAAUGUUGUCUUGUAUGGAGCUGUUGGAACUGGGAAGGCCACCGUGGUACGAAAACUGGUUCUGGAUUGGUGUAACGGUGCAACGCUGACUCAGUUCAAAUUGUUGGUCCCGUUCUCUUGUGAGGAUCUCAGCCAGCUAUCUAAGGUAGCUUCUCUGCGUGACCUUGUGAGCAGAAAAUACCUACAUCUGAAGAGACACCCCCUCUUGAGCGGCGAUGGAACCCAGGCCGAGAAUGUGCUCUUUUUGUUUAAUGGCAUGGAGAAGAUGAUGUUGGACUUCAGGAUAGGCUCCACAGAACUUUGCGAUGACCCCGGUGUGGCCUUGCCUGCAGAUGCUGUGGUGGUUAACCUACUGAGGAAGUACCUGCUUCCAGAGGCCAGCGUGCUGGUGACCACCAGGCUCUCUGCGGUUGACAUCAUUCCUCAGAAGUAUGUGAAUCGCUAUGCACAGAUCUGUGGCUUUAACGAUCCUCAGCGCCAGCGAGCUUAUUUUACAAGCCGUUUGUUGCUGCAGGGCAGGGACGGUGCUCAGAACCAGGCAGCUCAGGCUCUUGUGGAGCUUCUUUACCUGAACCUACAGAAACAAAAUCAACUUGCUGCAGCCUGCUUUCUCCCCUCCUACUGUUGGCUCACAUGUGCCACUUUGCACUAUCUGCACUUCACCAACGCCAAGUCACCCCUACGCACUCUGACAGGCAUAUACACCAGCUUUCUGAGGAUGAAUUUUGGAGGCGAGGUUCUUGCUUCAGGGACUGGUGUACCAAUCCAGGAUUGCCACAAUUCUCUAAUGUUGUAUGUUGUUCGAACAGUUGGCAAACUUGCAUUUGACGGAGUGACAAACAAACAGACCUCAUUUUCAGAGAAUGAAUUGGAGCAGUGGAUUGGCGGUAAAACCAAGACUGAUGAGGAAUUGCGUCAGCUAGUCACGUUCAGAACUGACGUGGUGGACUUCUUCUUGGCUCCAUGUGUUGAAAGUGGUCGACAUUACCAUGGAGAUCUUUGUGAGGGUGAUGAGAGACGCUUUGUGUUCGCUGUCCCGGCAAUGCAGGAAUACCUUGCUGCUCUUUACGUCGUGCUUGGUGAAAAUAAGUCUGCUCUUGAGAAGAUUACAAAGCAGGUGUCUGUUGCCAUUGGCCAGGCUAGUGAGGAUGUGAAUACUCUUGUCAGCAUUCUUUCGAAGUUCAUCCCACUCCGAAUUUUUACCAUCUUCAACCUCCUCAAACUCUUCCCAAAGCUGUUUGAGAAAAUCAACAGUCAAAACAAAGGCAACAUUGCCAGAACCAUGGCUGCAGAGAUGUUUCGCAAAGAGGACAGCUACAAUGAGGAUGUCCUGGAUCAGAUGGAGCAAAGUCUGCUGGGAUUUCAUGGUCCGCAGCCACAGCAUUACACGAAGAGUCACCCUUUCGAACUUUACCCCAUUUUCAUGGGGGGACUGUUGCAUUAUGGGAAUCGUGUUCUCCUUCAGCAGCUGGACUGCAGCAUUCACAGCAGUACUGUGGUCCAGAUCACUAAGGCUCUAAGAAAAUACCUGGUUAGAGAACUCAACAAGCCACAGCCCCCAGAAGAAGUGAUGGACCUGCUGGUUCUACUUUAUGAGUUUCAGAACCCUAGACUGACUUCUGAGGUGGUGGCCUCCCUCAGAGCCAUCCGCCUCCCGAAUAUCCGCAUGACAUCACUGAAAUGCUUUGUGCUGAGUUCGGUUCUGUCCUGCACACCAGGAAGUUAUCAUCUUCAAGUCCUGGACCUCUCCUCUUGUCUCCUGACUAGAGACAUGCUGAUGACUCUGCUGCCUGCCUUCAGACAUGCCCAGACCAUCAACCUGCAGUUCAACAGCUUGGGGCCCGAGUCCUGCAACCUCCUGAGAGAUCUGCUACUGGACAACAGGAGUUCCAUUGAAACUCUGCUACUUUGCGACAACCCUCUACUUGACUCUGGGGUGAGUUGCCUCCUUGAAGCCUUCCCGGAAAACCAGACUCUGAAGCACCUGUCACUGAUGCACACUGGCAUGGGCGACCAGUCGGCUCUGGAGUUGGCAGAGAGAAUCCAGCAGCACUCCAGCCUACAGGAGGUCAACGUUGCCUACAACAAUAUUGGCGACAAUGCCGCUUUGUCCUUGGUUGAUGUUUGCAGGGAGCAUCAUAACAUCCACACUGUGCACUUGUACCUCAACCCGAUAAGUGAUAUUGGAAAACAGUCCUUGUACGUGCGAGGUAGCCAGAGCAGCAGCAGCAGGAAGGUCCGAGUAUUGGCCUCAGUCACUGAAGGUGAUGACGUCUCUGAUGACUGGCACCCCAUACUCAGUGUAAUCCGAGAAAAUGCCUCAUCUUGGGACCGGGAGCGCGUCCAACAGCAACUGAAGGUGUUUCUACGGGAUCUUGAGUGGGGCCGUCAGCAGCAGCAGAACCUCUGGAAGAGGCUGCACUUCCGCAGGGUAGAGAGGGGAGUGCAGGAAACUCUGCGGAUGCUUGAGCGGGACAUACCAUCUGGCUCUCCUUGAUGUUGCUGUUGCAAUGAUGAAGAGUGUGAUUAAACCAUGGAAGAACUAAACUGCCUUUCCCAUAGGUCUAAGUAACUUUUUCUCAAAUCCAUCCAAAUGAAAUGCAUGUUGAGGCAUUCAGUAUAUCAAUGUUGCAUCAUAUUAUAACUGAACUGACAGUGUUAGUGAACUUGACAGUCGUAAUCAGUGCCCAAACCUUUUUCACAUUAUCACAAAGUGCUUCACCGCCAAAACAGUGAAAAGUGUUUGUACUUCUUGCUCGACCACGAAUGUGGACAGCUUAGCCUUCAAUGAGCGAGAACUAAGGAAAUGUUAGGAGGAUAUCACAUAAAUGCAAUCCCUUUAAACCCUAUAAGAGUGUUUAGCAGUUAUUUUAAGGUGGUGGGCCAAAUUAAAUUUUCAGAUCUCCUCUUUCAAUUGUUCCAGAGUUGAGGUGCCCUGACAGAAAAAGCUCUGUCACAUCUAGAUUUAAGUUUAGAUGUAGGGACAACUAACUCCUAUGAAUGAAAAUGAGUUUCUAAGUCGGCAUAUGAGAUCAUAUGUUUGAUUGGACUGGACAGUUUUUUUUUUAAUGUGAGGGUCAAAGGUAAGUGAGUAGUCAAAUAGGACGCCAGGAUUUCUGGCUGUUGAGUGAUGUAUUUGGGCUGGGGGUUGAUAUGUAGAGUACUUAGUGCUAUCAGGUGGUAAAAAAUGUGUUAUUGCUUAGUUGGUCUGUAAUGGUCUCAUUUUUGAUCUCACCUGAAAAUUGCCCAGAUAAUGUUCUGAUAAAUGUAUUAGAUGAUUUAUAAGAUAGACUGAUGCAUGUAACAACAUAAAGUUUUAUAACGUUUACUUGCACAGGUGCAAUUGCUAACAUUAACAUACGACUGUAGUUCAGAGCUACAGGGAGAAUACUGCUUUGUUCAUUGCCUGUCUAAAGUUUGUCUUACACUAACUUGUACCUGCCUUUGGUCUUUCUUUCUUGCUGAUGGUUAUUUGUCAGAAUUUGUUGAGGGAAUUAGAUGAAAUGUUGAUCAAUAUGAAAUAUAAUCAGCCUUCUGUAAAAAACAAUGUUAUAAAUGGAAGAAAAACUCCGAAGAUACUCACAGCAUGGGUAAGUUCUUGUGAAGAUCUGGACGCCCCGAGAGCCUGAUUUGUUCCAUGUUUGUCUUUGAAAAACAAUAUCACACCAGUAAAUUGAAACAAACCUUCGAUCAUUCAGUGACUUCAAUAAA